GCUGUGGCGAAGCAAUGAAUUUGAUGAUAUCAUUCAGAUUCGACAAGUGACCGCAGAAAAUUUUUAGUUUUGCUUUUACAGUUGCCUGCACUUCAGGAAUGGCUUCGUUCUUUAAGUUAGUCUAUCUUUGUUCUGUGAAAUGGAUAAUUUGAAGUGUGGUUAUUUUUGGAGCUUCAGCAAGUUGGAAAGAUCAUCGACAAUCUUGCCUUAGUCUAGCCGGUCAAACGAAAACAAUUUGAGGAUCUGGUACCAAUCACGUUUCAUCCUCUUCGAAGGCAGCAAUUUUGAGUCGUUUAAGGAUUAAGUAAGAACGUAAUGGCAUCUGUGAAAGUAGCAGUGAGAGUGAGGCCUUUCAAUCAAAGGGAAAAAGGCAUGGGCGCUCAAUCUAUAAUCGAGAUGGAAGGAAAGAAAACAACCAUUAUGAAUAUCAAGGCAAAUGCAUUAACUGGUGAUGGAGAGAGGCGAAAUCGCGUGAAGGAUUUUUCUUUCGAUUUUUCCUACUGGUCUGUUAACGAGAGAAGCCGACACUAUGCUUCACAAGAAAGGGUUUUUAAAGACCUUGGCACAGAUGUCCUUAAAGCAGCAUUUGAGGGUUACAAUGCAUGCAUUUUCGCUUACGGACAAACUGGUUCUGGCAAGACCUACAGCAUGAUGGGAAGUCCAGAUAACCAGGGUCUGAUACCAAGGAUAUGCGAAGGUUUAUUUUCAGGCAUGCGUAAUAAUGCUGAUAAUGGACCUUCUUACCGAACAGAGGUCAGCUUUUUGGAAAUCUACAAUGAGCGUGUCAGAGAUCUUCUUAGACCUCCCAUAAAGGGAAGGCCUGUUCACUCUCUGAAAGUCAGAGAACAUCCUAAGGAAGGUCCCUAUGUUCAGGAUCUUACCAGGCAUCUUGUAUCAGAUUAUGCGGCAAUAGAAAAUCUGAUGGAACAGGGUAACACCCAUCGGGUUACAGCAAGUACUGGGAUGAAUGACACCAGCAGCAGAUCACAUGCAAUAUUUACAAUCAAUUUCACACAAGCAAAGUUUGACCAUGACAUGCCUUGUGAAACAGUCAGCAAGAUCAACUUGGUUGAUUUAGCUGGAAGUGAGAGGGCUGACGCCACAGGACUGACAGGUGAACGACUGAAGGAAGGUGCCAAUAUUAACAAGUCACUGGUCACCCUGGGAACUGUCAUUUCUGCUUUAGCUGAUGCAUCAACAGGGAGUCAUAGUUCAUCUCAUCAUCAUCACAAGUUCAUCCCGUACCGAGAUUCUGUUCUGACCUGGCUUCUGAAGGACAGUCUGGGAGGAAAUUCAAAAACUAUCAUGAUUGCUACCAUCUCACCAGCAGAUGUAAACUAUGCAGAAACGCUCAGCACUCUGCGAUAUGCCAAUCGUGCUAAGAAUAUCAUCAACAAACCCACCAUCAAUGAGGAUGCUAAUGUGAAGCUCAUUAGAGACCUGCGAGCUGAAAUAGACCGGCUGAAAAAUAUGAUUAGCCCGGAAAUGUUAGGAGAAGCUGAAUUAGCUGCUGCCAAAAAACUGUCAGAGAAUGAAGCACGUGUGACAGAACUCACUGAUCGGUGGAAGGACAGAUGGAGAGAGACCCAGAGAAUAUUAGAGGAAAGAGAAAUGAAGCUUCAGCAAGAAGGUGUUGGAAUCAAGAUGGAUUCAGUUCUUCCUCAUUUAGUUUUAGUGGAUGAUGAUCUUCUUAGCACUGGAAUUGUGGUCUAUCAUCUUAAGGAAGGGUUUACUACAGCCGGACUCGCUGACAACCCAAAGAAACAAGAUAUUGUAAUCAGCGGACCCGAUUCAGAGGAGAAUCACUGUGUAUUUGAACACAGCAAAGGUCAUGUAAUCCUCAACCCGCUGGAUUCGAAAUGCGCCGUCAAUGAACAUGCCAUUUCGAAGCCGACAAGAUUAUUUCAAGGUGAUGUGAUUCUGUUGGGUACGACAAACGUUUUUCGUUUCAACCAUCCUAGAGAAGCAGCAGAGUUAAGAGAGAAGAGAAAGGAAGAACGUGGGAGUUCACUUGGUGGGGCUUCCUCACUGGCUUGGUCUACAAAAUUCCGCAGCGAAACAGACUUGGUAUUCAAACGAGGAACAGACGAAGAAUCUCUCAGUCGUCAACUUGAGGAGGCAAAAAAUGAACUGGAGAAACAGAAGCAGCUUGAAGCUUUAAAGAUUGAAGAAGCUAGGGCGGAUUUUGCCUCACAGAUCCAAGAAGAAUCUAAACGACUCAAUGAAACAAGGGCUGAACUCGAGCGACAGAGAAGGCUUCAUGCAAUGGAAGUGCAAAGUGUCGAAGAAGCAAGGAGUAAAGUCAAGGAAUUGAGCCAAAAACACGAACAGGCAGAACUGGAAAGGAAAGCUACAGAAGCAGAAUUUAGUAAAGAAAUCGAAACACGGGAGCAGGAUUUGAAAAUGCAGAGAGAGCAAGUCGAUAGACUGCGAGACGAUAUCGAAAACCUAAAUCGCAAAUCAGAGAAAGAGUUGUCAGAAUUGAAGAAGCAAAUCAGGCAACAGAAGGAGGAAGAGCUAGUACGUUUGAACGAAAAUAUGAAAAAGAUUAUGGAGCUAGAGGAGGAAAGGGACAAAACUAAACUGCAAGCGAUGAAAGAACGGGAGGAGUUGCAACAAAAGUGGAGGGAUGAAUCGAAAAACGUGCAGCUUGAAAGGGAGGAGUUGAAACAAAAGCAGCGAGACUACGAAAGGAAAUUUAGCGUACUCGAGGAAUCAAGAAGGGAGGCCAUGUUGGAAAAGGAUGAAUUUGAAAUAGAAAAAUCGAGAGCGCUGGAAGAGAUUCGGCGUCAAGAAAAAAAGCUUGAAGAGUUAAGAACAGAAAGAGAAAAAGUGCUUGAUAUCGCUAAUAACGAUAUCCGAAAGCGACGUGAAGUUCUAGAGUUGGAAUUUUUUGAGGAAAAGAGCGAACUGGAAGAAGAGAGAAAUUAUCUGGAAGAGCAGAUACAUGGUUACGAGGCUCUCGUGGAUAUUACCGCUGACAAUCUAGCGGAAAAGCAGAAUGCUUUGGAUACGAGGACACGAGAAGAAAAUGCGAAAAUAGAAGAAGCCAAACAGAAGCUUCGAGACAUGGAGGAGAAUUUGAAUGAGACCAUAACAACAGCUGAGGAUGAUUUUGUGCGAAAGAGACUGGAUUAUCAAGACAAUGUCGAUAGGCAACAACAAGAAAUCAACAGAACAAGGGAGAAUUUAAACUCGAAGGUUAAAGAAUGGAACGAAUUGACACAAAAACUUGAGAAAUGCGCAGGAGAAGAAAAAUUACAGGUCCAGAGAGAGAUGGAGCGCACCUCAGCAAUCGUCGAGAUUGAAAAGACUCGACUGGCUUCCUUAGAGGAAGACAAACAAAAAAUGGCAGAAACGUUCGAGAAGGAUAUGGAAGCCGACUUGAUUGCUCUCAACGAAAAGAAACAAAAAGAUAGAGAAGCAAUUGAAUUGGAAAGAUUAAAUUUAGAUUCGUUGGAAGACUCUAAGAGACAGAAGCUGGAGACAGAGGAAGUGGAAUUCAAACAGGCUCAAGAACAGUACAACCAAGCUAAAAUGCUCUUGAUCGAAACCAAGAGAAGUUUAUUGGAUUUGGAGAAAAGGCAAGGCAAGUUCUCCACCAAGGCAGAAGACGGACUUCUACGACUGUCGAAGGUGUUAGAAGGAGAUCUUGUGUCACAGGCAAAACAGGAAGAUAUGUACCUCCUGAGGGAACACAGGAUCUCUUUGAAAGAAAUCGACGUGGAGGGGAAAAUGAAAAUUUCUGAAAAGCAGGAGAUGUUGACUGCGGAAUCGGAAAAACUUUUUAAUCUUAGGAAGAAUCUGAGUUUCGUGUUGGAAGACACCGAAAAAGCACAAGAGAAAGCCGAGGCGGAAUGGCGCGAGUUACAGAGCAGGUUUGCGCAUGACAGAGAAGAGGAGAAGACUACUAGGGAGGCCAUGGAAGAAAGUCUAAGAGACAUCGAAGAGGAAGCGACGCUCUCAAAAAGUCUCACACAAAGAGAGAUCGGAUCCCCAACGACAGUAAGCUUGAUAUUAGCUCACGAGAAACAGAGAAUCAAAGCGGAGAUGGAAAACAAACUGAGAGAAGUAGAGGAACGUAAAAGUCGCGAGGUGGAGGAACUGAGACUUGAAAAACAGGACAUAUUGAGCAAACUGGACAAAGAGAAGGAAGAUCUGGAGAGACAGAAAGAGGAACUGGAAACGCUCAUUCAUAAAGAAAAGGUAGAAUUGGACAAGGAACGUAAAGUCCUGGAGAGAGAGAAACUGGAGGAGAUUGAGGGGAUUAUCAAAGAUAAAGAGAUGGAGAUAGAGGAACUGAAAGAGAAGGCUCAGCAUGAGAUUGAUGAAUUGCGGGAUAGACUUGACGAAACGGAAAGGGAAGUGGUUCUUUUGCAAGAAAAGCUUUCGACUUACAAUUCAUUCAUGGUACCUAAUGGUCACGAAGAAGAUGAACUUGCUGAUGGAGAAGUGAUGAACUACAUGUGUCGUCAAGAGAGUGAACUUUACGGAAGUAAUCUAAGCCUGACUGAUUCAGUGUCACCGCCUGUAAUCACCCCACCCCCCACCCCUGUGAAUCGCUUCUUGGCCUCCGUGAGUUCUUCGAAACGUAACCAGAUCCACGUCUGUAUACCACGUUACAUACUUCGAGGCCUGGGUCGAGAUUCGUACCACGUGUUCGAGGUGAAGAGUACGGUUGGAGCAGAUUCGUGGUCCGUGUAUCGCAGAUAUCGGAAAUUUCGAGAACUGCACAAAUCAAUGAGGAAAUACUAUCAUGAGGUUGGUGGUUUAGAUUUUCCAAACCGCCGGUUUUUCGGUAACAGAGCAGAGGAGUUUGUAAGGGCCCGGAGAGCGCAGCUAGAGACAUAUCUUCAGUCAUUCAUUGGGCUGUGUUCCAAAAUUUCAGACUGCCCCAUAUCAGCCAUGUCAGGCCGGCCCCUCACAAAACGGGACCUGUGCGAUUUCGCGCCAUUUUUCAAACAGGGAAUCUUUGAACAAACAAAGAAUUACACCGGGUAGUCUAACGGGUGGCGAAAGAAGACAGUGGGCUCGUGGUGUGUGGUAGAGAGUAUUGCCUGGUGAUAUGACGUAGCUUACUUCAUGAUCACAUCAUGUUCGUGGUUUAUCCACCGGCCGAUACUAGUCGAAAUAUUCCCGGAUCAGUCACGAGAAUUUGCCGAAAGUAACAUGUCGUUGGGCAUACAUAACGCGUCUCUAUGAAGGGCGGUAAAACCAAAUACAAAGUAAUGGCAAGAGCCAAUCAGAGCUAAGAACAUUUCAUAAGGAGCCAAUAAGAAGCCGGGUGGAAAAAACUAAGAACGUAGGAUGUUUACUAGGUUUGAACAGAAAGGUAAGAAUUGUAUGUUAACCCUUCAAGUCCCUUGAGUGACCAAGACAGAAUUUCUCCUUACAAUAUCGAUACAAUAUCAAGCAGACGAGUAAUGAGAAUAAAGACAAAUAUUAAUUAGGAGAUGAUUAGUUGGUCCAAUACCAAAUUCUCUGAACUAACAUCAUGAGAAUUGUAUGGCGGGCAGUAAGGAGAAUUGCUAAUGAGAUCUUGAAAGUUAAAGGGUUGAGUGGUUAUUUAGUUAAAAGAGGCCUUUAGAAUUCUAAGAAUAUUAUAUGAGUUAGUUUUGAGAUAACUUCCAUAUUUUCUUAGGUAUUGGUAUUUUCCUGAUAUGUAUUGUCAAAAGACGAUCAAUAAUUUGACUCCACUGUAAAAUUAAUGUUUCAUUUUUUGGUAUUUUGGGAGCGGGGGAGUGUGGAAUAAUUUUUGGAAUCCAAUUAAUUUCUUUAAAAUUUUGUUUUGUAGUAUGAAGAUUUGGACAAUUUUGUAAACUUUUCCGUUUCUCCUUUUUUUCAAAAAUUAUAGAAAAAACUACUUUUAAACAGUCACACAAUUUGAGUGCCAGUAUAUUUGUCUUAGAUAUUGCCAGAGUUUCAUUUAUCGAAUGGCUAUCGCAGUUUCGAGUCUGAACAUAUUAACCAAAGCCGUGAGGAAAGUUGCCGUAAACAAUCAUCCCUUUUACAAGUGAUAAUUGCGUUAUUAAUAACAGAGGGAUUGUUUUCUUUUUGGAAAUAAUAAUUGUAUUUAUGUGAACAGCAAACCUCUGACAUCGCUUAUUUAAAAUUAUUA